CCCUGGGGAUUGCCGACUUGCUCGCCUAGCCGACCUAUACUCGUUCUUCCUGGGAAUCUACUACAUGUUAUCACGACUGAUGUUGAUGGUUCCUGCGUACCCCCCAUGUAUCCGUAGACCGUCCGGCCUGGGGACAUCUCUAUAGACGCCUACAAGUGUAUGAGGUGAGGGUGUGGCGAGAUACGACUCCUCACCAUGACCAAGUCAGAGGGGGAUCUUGACCCACUAUGGCAAGACCUCGAUUGGGCGAUUGGCCAGAUCCUGAUUAUGGGAUGGGAUGGCACCGAAGUUACACCCCAAAUCAGAAACCUCAUCGAGAACCAUCACCUCGGUUCUGUCAUCUUAACAGCUAAGAAUCUCAAAUCCGCGGAGCAGACUGCAUCUCUGGUCCAGGAACUUCAGACGAUAGCCCACCAAGCCGGACAUCCUCAGCCGCUGUUGAUAGCCGUCGACCAGGAGAAUGGAGGCGUCAACAGCCUGUUCGACGAGGACUACAUCUGUCAGUUCCCCAGCGCGAUGGGUAUCGCUGCGACGGGAAGCAUAGAGUUGGCAUACAACGUGGCGAAGGCCACGGCCACCGAAGUAUCGGCUGUCGGCGUCAACCUGAUUCUCGGUCCUGUCCUGGACGUCUUAACCAACGCUCGGCACCAACCCCUCGGCGUCCGGGCAACCGGAGACGACCCCCAAGAAGCCUCCCAGUUCUGCAUCGCAGUCAUCAACGGAUUCAAGGAUGCCGGGGUGGCGACCUGCGGGAAGCACUUCCCGUCGUACGGGAACCUUGACUUCCUCGGGUCAAGCUUGGAUAUGCCUAUCAUUACGCAAACCCUCGAAGAGCUCAGCCUUAGUGCUCUCGUGCCGUUCCGCAACGCCAUAAGCGCGGGCCGGUUAGACGCCAUGUUUGUCGGCGGGUGCGGGAUCCAAAACGCCGGGAUGAAUGUCAUGCACGCUUGUCUCUCGGACCAAGUCGUGGAUGACCUCCUGAGGAACGAGCUCGGGUUCAAGGGCGUCGCUAUCUCGGAGUGUCUCGAGAUGCAGUCGCUCAUCCAAGAGUAUGGCGUCAAGGGGGGUACCGUCAUGGCCGUCGAAGCGGGAAACGACUUGGUGCUCCUAUGCAGAGCGCACGACGUGCAGCUGGAAGCUAUCUCGGGGCUGAAGUUGGGAAUCGAGAACGGGAUUAUCUCUAAAGAGCGGAUUCACACCUCCGUGAAGCGAGUUCUGCGGCUGAAAAGUGCAUGCACGUCUUGGCAAAAGGCUCUCAACCCCCCCGGGCUGUCCCUGCUCUCAAAGAUACAUAGUUCACACCACGCGCUCUCCCGUAUGGCCUACGACCAAUCCAUUGCCGUGGUUAGGGACAGAGAAAACCUGCUCCCGCUCUCACAGAGCCUGCUGCAGGGGGAGGAACUCCUACUACUAACACCCCUCGUUAAGCCCCUGCCGGCCUCGGCAGCUACGAAAAGCAUGCUUGAGAAGGCAGCCGCCAAAGCGUCCUCCAUACACGAGCGGUGGGUUCACCAGGAGCGCGGGGCGAUCAUGAGUGGAGAAAGCGUCUUUCGAGAGCUAGGCAGGUCGAUAGCGCGGAUACGCAACGGCAAGCUUCUCCACACGUCUUAUACGGCCAACGGACUUAGACCAGUGCACGAGAACUUGAUAAACCGGGCAUCGGCGAUCAUCAUCGUGACGGCGGACGCGAACCGGAACUUGUACCAGACGGGGUUCACGAAGCACGUGGCGAUGAUGUGCCACAUGCUGCGCAGCACGGGGCAGAAGAAGUCGCUGAUCGUGGUGGCGGUCAGCUCGCCGUACGACUUCGCGAUGGACAAGUCGAUCGGGACGUACGUGUGCACGUUCGACUUCACGGAGACGGCGAUGGCGUCGCUCGUGCGCGCGCUCUACGGCGAGAUCGUGCCGCAGGGGUCGAUGCCGGGCACGAUGCGCAAGAGCAAGAAGGUGUCCAAGACGCGGCAGCAGUGGCUCGUCGAGAACUACGACCGCGAGCGCGACGGGGCCGCCCUCGCCGAGCUGCUCGCGACGCUCGCGCGCUCCAGCGCCCCCAGCCUGCCCUACGCCGCCGCCACGGCCCAGUCCUUCGAGCUGCGCGCGCCCGCCGUCGACGAGGCCCACUUCGUCGUGCGCAACAGCAGCACCGGCACCCUGUACGGCUUCGUCGCGACGUACGCGACCGGCGGCAUCGGCGCCAUCGGCGCGCUCUUCGUGGACCCGGCCAAGCGCAACGUGUCUAUCGGGCGGUCGCUGCACCGGCGCGCGAUGCGCGCGCUGCUCCAGCGCCCCGGCGUGCAGAAGCUCCAGCUCGGCUUCUCCUUCCCCGGCGUGUUCCCCGGCGUGCCGCUGGACCUGGACACGGACGACGCGAGCGUGGCGGGGGCCGGCGGCGGCGGCGGCGCGGGCGCAGGCCCCGGCAGCGGCAGCGGCGGCAUCAAGAGCUGGUUCGACAACGUCGGCUGGGACACGCAGUUCCCGCGGCGGCUGACCAACAUGGCGAUCGAGGACCUCGCGUCGUGGACGGCGCCCGAGGGCCUGCUGCCGAGCAUCCAGCGCGCGAACGUGAGCUUCGACCUGAUCCACGGGCCGGACAACGCCGAGUCGGUGCUGGCGCACGUGGGCGCGCACGCGGGGCCCGAGGUGGCGGAGCUGUACCGGUUCGCGCUGCAGGAGACGAACACGAGCGGGGUGGUGCGGGCGAAGAGCGGGGCGGCGGCGGCGGCGGCGGCGGACGGCGCGCUCCUGGGCACCGUCAUCAUCUGCACGGCGGCGAGCCGGCUGUCGACGUACCUGCCGGCGCUGCGCGGGCACGGCGCCGAGGACGUCGGCGGCAUCCUCGCCCCCGUCGUCCCGGCCUCGCCGCAGGCCACGCUCGUGCUCCAGGGCCUCGCCUUCAUGGGCGUGCGCCAGAACAAGGCGCACAAGUCGGCCAAGAGCGUACUCAGCUGGGUCCUCGACGAGGAACACGAACCGCUCGAGGCGAUGGGCUUCGAGGUGCAGCAGACGUUUGACGAAAUUACCAAUUCACCCGACAACUGGUCUGAUUUGAAUUGAGCGAUUCCUUUCCCUUGGACAAGCCCGUCUGCAUACUAUUUUCUAUUAGCCACGGAGCGGAUGUAUUUGUGUUCCCUUCUUUUCGCUUCAUCCAUCUUUUCCCCCCCUUCCCUUAAGCUAAGACGAAAAGGAGAGCACUGCGGAGCCUUACCUGGAUUUUCCCAAUCGAUACUGGCAAACCUAUCUUUAGAAUUUUGAACGAGCGCAAUGGUUUUUCUUUCUUUCCCACCCCCACGUACCUCAUCAUGAUAUAUCUACAUUCGUAUUUAUAUUUAUAUAUUUACAUCGAUGUGCAUUCGGCGCAUUAGCAGACGUCAGGUGUUGGCGAGCUCGAGAAAUGCAUGGUGACCGAGCGAAAGGGUGAAGGAGAGGAGAGGACUAGGAGGGUGGUUGGGAUCGCGACCAGCAUCCAAUGA